AUUGAAGGAAGAAACGAAGAAGAAAUUUGGCGCGAAUCGUUGGAAUUGCAAAAUGAUCAAUUCGAGAAUCGGAGCUUCGCUAUCUCGCUCCUCUCGUUACAGAAAUGUGAUUAAUGGAGCUAGUAAGAGGAGGUCCCUUACUUGCAAUAAAGAGAGUUUGAAUGGCUAUCUCAAUCAUUUUGAGGGAAAAUUAGAGUUUCUGAGAGGCUAUUUGGCUGCGGCUCGAGCUAACAAAGGCUCGAAUCUUAGGGCUUCUCUAUCAGAUUUUAAAUACUUUUCUGGCAAUCCCGGAAUUAACCGAUUUUUCUGUAGUAAAGCGCCAAAGAAGAAGAAUUCCGAGAAUUUUCAUCCCAAAGACAAGAAGGAGAUUCCGAAAAAGAAGGAAGGGAAGAAAUCUGAGGAUGGUGGCAAAAGCAAAAUGAUAUUUACCAUGGAUGUCCAAAGUAUAGUGGCUUCAUUGAUUGCUAUUGCGAUGUUCUCUCCAGCAAUGCCAUCAAAGCCGAGGGGAAAGAAACAGAUUAGUUUUCAAGAGUUCAAAGUUAAUCUUCUGGAACCAGGUUUAGUCGACCAUAUUGUUAUUUCAAAUAAAUCUGUUGUCAAAGUUUAUGUAAGAAGCUCGCCGCAAAACCAUUCUAGCAGAGCUGAUUCACCUGAAGGAUCUGAAUUUUAUACUCCAGUUAGUGACACACAGCCAAAAGCAAUAAUUCCAAGUCAAUAUAAAUACUACUUCAACAUUGGAAGUGCUGAAACAUUUGAAGAAAAAUUGGAGGAAGCCCAAGAAGCAUUGGGCAUACACCCACAUGAUUAUGUACCUGUUACAUAUGUUUCUGAAGUGGUCUGGCGCCAAGAGCUGAUGAAGUUUGCUUCCAAUCUUUUAUUAUUGGGAGCAUUUCUCUUUGCAAGUCGAAAAAUGCAAUCUGGACCCGGAGUAGGUGGUGGCAACAAAAAUGGUGGUCAGGGAACGUUUGACUCUAAGAAACUAUUUGACACUGGGAAAACUCACUUUAAAUGGAGACACGGGGGAGACAAAAAGCUUUACUUCAAAGAUGUUGCUGGUUGUGAUGAAGCAAAACAAGAGAUUAUGGAGUUUGUUCACUUCCUGAAGUACCCGAAGAAGUACAAGGAACUGGGUGCCAAAAUCCCAAGGGGAGCUCUGUUGGUUGGACCUCCCGGGACUGGUAAAACGCUCCUAGCAAAAGCUACAGCUGGUGAAUCUGGGGUGCCUUUUCUGUCCAUAUCUGGUUCUGAUUUCAUGGAGGUGUUUACGGGAGUUGGGCCAUCCAGGGUUAGAAGUUUGUUCAAAGAGGCAAGGCAAUGCGCACCUAGUAUCAUAUUCAUAGAUGAGAUUGAUGCAAUUGGUCGGGCAAGGGGACGUGGAGGGAUGUUUAGUUCCGGUGGUGAUGCUGAGCGAGAAAACACUCUUAACCAGUUGCUUGUGGAAAUGGAUGGAUUUGGAACAACUGCUGAUGUGGUCGUUCUUGGUGGCACUAAUAGACCAGAUAUCUUAGAUGAUGCAUUGUUGAGACCUGGUCGGUUUGAUCGGCAAAUUAGCAUAGACAAACCAGAUAUCAAGGGUCGGGAACAAAUAUUCCAGAUCUAUCUUAAGAAUAUUAAACUUGACAAUGAACCUGCUUUCUUCUCUCAGAAACUGGCAGCCCUCACUCCUGGAUUUGCAGGUGCAGAUAUUGCAAAUGUUUGUAAUGAAGCUGCUCUAAUUGCUGCUAGAUCUGAUCAAGCAAUGGUGAAAAUGGAACAUUUUGAUUCAGCUAUAGACAGAAUAGUCGGUGGUCUUGAGAAGAGAAAUAUGGUUGUAAGUAAAAUUGAACGCCGGAUUGUAGCCUAUCAUGAAUCGGGUCAUGCAGUCGCUGGUUGGUUUUUAGAAUAUGCGGAACCUUUGUUGAAGGUCACUAUCAUUCCUCGUGGUACUGGUGCACUUGGCUUUACUCAGUAUGUUCCUAACGACAAUCGUCUAAUGACAAAAGAGCAGCUUCUUGAUAUGACUUGCAUGACUCUUGGUGGACGUGCUGCUGAACAGGUGUUGCUGGGAAACAUAUCAACUGGAGCUCAGGAUGAUUUAGAGAAGGUCACCAAGAUGACGUAUGCGCAAGUAGCGGUGUAUGGUUUUAGCGACAAAGUUGGGCUUCUCUCUUUCCCCAAGAGGGAUGACGAAUAUGCGAUGAGCAAACCCUAUAGCGGCAAAACAGGCAAUCUAAUAGACACUGAAGUUCGUAAAUUUGUGAGGACAGCGUACCAACGGACGGUUCAGUUGAUUGAGGAACACAAGGAACACGUGGCUGAGGUUGCUGAGUUGUUGCUGGAAAAGGAAACUCUUCACCAGGAGGACAUGGUGCGUGUGCUGGGGGAGAGAAGGAGCAGAGCUUGGGAAUAAUACAUCACAGAAUGAUGGCGCUGCGCCUCGUGCUGCCCUGACAUAGCAUUUGGUUGUUUGUUGUAUGAUGCUUGAUGAUCACCAAUUGAUACUAAACAACUUGAAGUGUAUAGAUUUUCUCUUGUUCCUGAAGUUGGAAACGCCACUUUCCAACGACAAGAAUGUAUAUUCAAACUUUGGAUUUUUGCCAAAUUGUAUAUACUCUCCUAUAAAUUGGAUUGAUAUUCU